CCAAAUUCGCUAAUCUUCGUGGAACGGACUGUGAUCUACAAUCGUUCCAAAUUCUCAAGCGAGCCGCAUCCACCGCCAUAUGAAGUCGAAUCAGCGCAAUCACGGCGGACUAGGAGUUGUUGCCGCCGGCGUUCUAGUGCUGCUUCUCCCCAUUAUCUCUCCUGGCCUUUUCGAUCCUCUCAGCCGAUCCUCGCCUUCUCUUUUCUCUGAAUGGAAUGCUCCAAAACCCAGGUACUUACAUCUCCUCAGGAGUGCUUUACAACGUGAAAAUUUAACUUGGCAACAAUCCGAUUUCUGGACUCCUUUGGUUGAUCAAGGAUGGAGGCCAUGUGUAGAUUCCGCAAGUGAUCCAUCAGCCUUGCCAAACAAAUCAAAGGGAUAUAUCCAGGUUUUUCUUGAUGGAGGACUGAACCAACAGAGAAUGGGGAUCUGUGAUGCAGUUGCUGUUGCUAAAAUUCUGAAUGCAACUCUCAUUAUACCACAUCUUGAAGUAAAUCCCGUGUGGCAAGAUUCAAGCUCAUUCACGGAUAUCUUUGAUGUGGAUCACUUUAUUGAUGUGUUGAAGGAUGACAUUCCUAUAGUUAAGGAGCUACCUCAUGAAUUCUCUUGGAGCACAAGGGAGUAUUAUGGUACAGGAAUUCGACAUACUCGAGUCAAAACUGCACCAGUUCAUGCUUCAGCUAACUGGUACUUAGAAAAGGUCAUGCCCAUUCUGGAAAGUUAUGGGAUUGCCGCAAUCGCACCAUUUUCCCACCGUCUAGAAUUUGACAACUUGCCAGCAAACAUCCAGCGCUUACGUUGUAAAGUGAACUUUAAAGCAUUAAUCUUUGUUCCUCACAUUAGAGCUCUUGGAGAUGCUCUAGUCAGUCAGCUUCGGUCUUCAACCAGGCAAAAUGAAGCACUGGGUACCAAUUACCUAAGAGAGGUCACAGAUUCAAAAGACAAACAAGGAGGAGGGAAAAUUGUUGUUUUACAUCUUCGUUUUGAUAAGGAUAUGGCUUCCCAUUCUGCUUGUGAUUUUGGAGGUGGUAAAUCUGAAAAAUUAGCUCUUGCUAAGUACAGACAAGUCAUUUGGCAGGGGAGAGUCCUAAAUUCUCAGUACACUGAUGAAGAGCUGAGGAAUCAGGGGCGCUGUCCACUGACUCCUGAAGAAAUUGGAUUGCUGCUAGCAGCUCUGGGAUUUGACAGUAAUACUCGUUUAUAUCUUGCCUCCCACAAGGUGUAUGGUGGAGAGGCUAGGAUUUCAACACUAAAAAAAUUGUUUCCACUAAUGGAAGACAAGAGAAGCCUUGCCUCUGCAGAGAAAAUGGCCAAAAUUCAGGGAAAGGCUUCGCUAUUAGCUGCAGUUGAUUACUAUGUUAGCAUAUAUAGUGACAUAUUCAUUUCUGCAUCUCCUGGAAAUAUGCACAAUGCACUGGUUGGACACCGAACUUACCUAAAUUUGAAGACAAUUCGGCCUAACAUGCCAUUGUUGGGCCAGCUCUUCCUGAAUAAAAGCAUGACUUGGCCUGAGUUUCUAGAUGCAGUGGUGGAAGGACACAAAAAGAGACAAGGGCAGAUCAGGAUAAGGAAGCUGAACCAGUCAAUAUAUACAUAUCCUGCGCCUGAUUGCAUGUGCCAUUCUUAAAAUGUUUAUCUUCGACAAAUUUGAGCCUGCCGGGAGUAAGCGUAUGUCUUUCGAUCUCCACCUGCAACUACUGCUUUUUGUGUUACCUGAAUAAGAACAAUCCCGAACAAUAACCUACGCGCGUAUGGUUAGAACAGACAAAAAAGGGGGGAAUAGUUCACUGAGGGUUUCAUCAUAUACAUAUAGCGCCGGGCUCCUCAAAUUGUUGUGGACUUUGGGAUAUGAUUGAAGAACAGCAUUUCUUGACAGGCAUGUUGUGUAAUAUAUCAAAGACACAUGAUUGCUUAUUCCAGCACUGCUUGUCAAAAAGACUGCAAUUUGUAGCACUGGAUUUAUACGGGGAACUCUGAGGAUUGUGCUCUGUAAAAUGUAUCCUUUUGAUAGCCUUUGGAAAAUUGUUACAGAAUUGUUGCAUUAGGAUGCUCUAGAUGGGUCAAAACUAUUCCCUGAGAGCUUCUGAACAAAUGCCAAAAUGGUAGCCUGUGGAA